CCAGGCGAUGGGAGGGGUGGGGGUGGAGAUUGAGCGCGACCUCGGGAUCCGGAGGCCUUUUCCCAGCAGGAGGAUGGCUCAGGAGGAGGGCGGAAGCCUGUCCCAGGUGCGGGCGCGGGUCGGGACCUCGCACGGCAUCACCGACCUGGCCCAGAAGCUGCGCUUCUAUGACCGCUGGGCUGCGGACUAUGACCAGGAUGUGGCUGCCCUGCAGUACCGUGCCCCCAGCCUUGCAGUGGACUGCCUCACCCAAGCCCUUCCAGGCCCACCCCAAGCCGCCCUGAUCCUGGAUGUGGCCUGUGGCACCGGACUGGUGGCUGCCGAGCUGCAGGCCCGAGGCUUCCUCCAGCUGCAUGGAGUGGAUGGGAGCUCAGGGAUGCUGGAACAGGCCCGGGCCCGCGGCCUCUACCAGCGCCUCAGCCUCUGCACCCUGGGCCAGGAGCCUCUGCCCAGCCCUGAAGGGACCUAUGACGCAGUGCUGAUGGUGGGCGCCCUCAGUGACGGCCAGGUGCCCUGCAGUGCGAUACCCGAGCUCCUCCGAGUUACCAAGCCAGGUGGGCUGGUGUGUCUGACCACCAGGACCAACCCCUCCAACCUGCAAUACAAGGAGGCCCUGGAGGCCGCCCUGGACGAGCUGGAGCAGGCCAGGGGGUGGGAACGCCUGAUGGCCUGGCCGUGGACCGGUGGGAACUGGCUACCUCUGAGCUCGAGGCAGGGCCUGGCACUUCUGACAGUGGUGGCUUCAUCUCCGGCAUUGUCUAUCUCUACCGGAAGCGGCAGGUGGCCCCGGUGGAGGCAGUAAGGCCCAGUGCUCAGCCCCUCACUGGCCUCUGACCUUCCAGGUGACUCCAUCCAGGCCUGUCCUCGCGCCUUCUGUACUUCAUCUGUAAAAUGGGGCCCCUGCACCAACCCAGCUUCUCAGGAAAGCUCUGCCUAUUAAAUGAGUCCCAGAGGGGCAACAGGA